CACUUCAACAAGCACGAGCUAAUUAAGCCUAGCACUAUAAUACCAACUUCUGUCCAAUGUCCUCAAACACGAUGAGAAACAUCGGAGAGAAGAGCUGUCUCAUCCUCCUUGUCCUGCUUCUCACGUCCCAAUCCAUCUGGGCCUCCAGGAAAUCACUCAAACCCAAUGAACCAUGCAAGAGGUUCGUCCUCUUCUACCACGACAUCCUCUACCAAGGCGGUGACGACGUUGACAACUCGACCUCAGCCUCCGCGACUAACAACACAAAGCUCGGCAACUUCCAGCUUGGGAGGCUGGUGGUGUUCGAUGACCCGAUAACCCAAGACCGCAACCUGCAUUCCCCCGAGGUGGCCCGGGCGCAAGGCUUUUACUUCUACGACAAGAAGAGUGAGUACAAUGCGUGGAUCGCCUACACCCUGGUCUUCAACUCGACUGAGUAUAAGGGCACACUGAAUGUGAUGGGUGCGGACCUAAUGUACGCGAAGACUAGAGAUGUUUCUAUCGUCGGUGGCACUGGAGACUUCUUCAUGGCGAGAGGAGUCGCCACGCUCGAGACCGAUGCUCUCGAGGGAUUCAAGUAUUUUCGACUCAAGAUGGAUGUUAAGUUAUAUGAAUGCUACUAGUGCGGCCAAGUUUUGAAUUUGCAAGAUCUUUACUUCCUUUUGAUAGGAGUAAACAGCGACGCCGGCUGUCGUCCUAUGAUUUGUACUGGCUAUUUUUUUUUUUCCUUUUAAGAGAGUCCUAUAGCCUAAGUAUAAGGAUAAGAAAUAAUGUGACAUAAAAGGAUAGAUAAACCUCACUAGUAAUGAUUGAACUCAGGACCUCUUAGUCCAAUCCGAGUCGAUUUCUUAUGCCACUAUAUCAAGACUCAUUUCUCGCUUGUUAGAUUUAUAUCACAAAGAGAGUCCAUGUACCUUUGUCUCCCGAUUUUAAUAAAGAAUCUCAUUAGUGGAAUUUCUUGAAA